ACGAGCCUUCAGUCUGGCUCUGGCACUGAUGGGAGACGUGAUGUCCUGCCGCCUGAGCGCAGCGCAAGCGAGGCGACCCUGUCAUCCUGUGCGCCUCCUCCCUUCUCCUCGCGCGUCCUGCCCUUGCCCUCUGCGGCGCCCCGGCUGCCCAGCGACGGCCCUCCUUCCGCGGAGUGACAUGUGAAGAUGCCUUCAGGGCGAUCGUAGUGCCAAGUGCCGUAGAGUUAUUUAACGAGAACGCCGCAGUGCCUUUAGUGAAAUCCUCCCGUGAAGUGCCUUUGUUUACAAGGUCUGUGAUACGAAUGAUAUUGAGGGACAGCGUAGCCUGCCGUGUGACGCGAAUGGCAAGUGGAGCAGCCCUAAGAGUUGAGAUGCGCCGCGAGUGUUCCGCCGAGAGUGACAGGCGUGUGAGAUAAGAUGAGAGGAGGCGUGAGCACCUCUGCCUCCUCCAGCUCCCUUCCUCUGGAGUUUCCUCCCUUACACUACGGACGACACACGCCUCCCUGCCCCCUCUCCCCCCCGAGGACCCCGUGCCCAAGUGCCCCCGCGUCUCCCGCGGCGAUGGCGGACUGCCGCAGCGACGUGGCCGCCGCGCCGCCGCUCGCGCCCUCCUUCUCCACGCUGCUGGGCCAGGGCCACACGCCCAAGCUUAAGUCCUACAUGCUCUCGAAGCACAACAAGGAGCGCGUGACGUCGGUCGCGCCGCCCUCCGUCAGCCCCUCCGCCAGCCCCUCCGCCCCCCUCAGCAGGCCCAUGCCGCCCCUGGAGCCGCUCCUGGACGCCACGGAGGACCUGGACGCCCCCGCCCUCGCCCUCAGCCGCGCGCUCCCCAAGAAGCGGCCGAGGCUGAGCAGCGACCUCAGAGACAACCCGGCGCUGCUGGAGGCGGCGGCGUCGAGCCCGCUCUACCUGCCCGACACGCCCUUCUCGCUCGCCUCCCGCGGAGACGACAGCGACGCGUACCUGGAGGGCUCGAGGUUCCUGUCGCCGACGCCGGAGUCCACGGCGGCCGUCACCGGCGCCCGCCUGCAGCGCCAGCACGACCUGGACCUGGCGUCCUUCUUGCCGCUGUCGCCGCCCUCCUGCCACCUCUCCCCCGGCUACACCAUCAACCAGAUCUUCACCGAGCUGCCCUUCAGCCCUUCCUCCGCCUGCAGCCCCAGGGCCGUGUCGCAGCCCCCGUCACCCGCCUGCGUCGUCCCCAACUCGGCCAAGUCGCCGCCGCAGCCGCAGGAGGUCGCGGCGCCGGCGACCGACCCCAAGGCGGGGGCCGAGGACUGGCUGGCGCAGAGCGGCGCGCUGGACCUGAGCCAGCUGCCCAGGACGGACCACCUGCCGCAGCUGGUCAUCGCCAGCCACUACCGCGACCUGGCCUCGGGCCUGCGCUUCGGCCAGACGCCUCCGGACGUGCAGACGGCGGGCCACCCACGCGCACCGGCGGCGGGGCCCGCGCUGGGCGGCUGCGUCCAGAUGGGCGGCCCUCAGAGUAGCUUCCAGGAGGUCGGGCCGCAGAGGAGCGGCUUCCAGCCCGUGCGACCACUGAAGGUGCGGCUGCAGAGCGGCGGCCCCGUCAGGAGCGGCUACCCGCUGGUGGGACCGCUAAGGCCCGUGUUCCAACCGGGCGGCGCGCAGGGCAGCCUACUCCUGCAACGGCCGGCCGCGAGCCUGCAGGAGUCGCGGCAGUGCCUGGACGGGCUGUGCAUUAAUUCCAAAGGCGUCGGCUUAUAUAACGCCCAAGGCCUUUCUUGUAAGCGAUAUCAUAGUCUUGUUAAUGCCAACAGUGUUAUGGUCGGGCAAAAGCUGCUUAUCCAGUACCUAUUGUUCCACAAGACAGAAAAUAUGGUUCGGUCUCGCGUCGGCUUCCUCCAGCAGCCACUUGACCGAGGGCUGAAGAUGCUCGUCCAGACUUUAAAAGACUAG